ACUUUCUCUUCCUUUUCUAUUUUUUUAUAUAUACAUAUAUACUCCUUGAACCAUGGGUGCUUACAAAUAUCUUGAAGAACUUCAAAGAAAGAAACAAUCAGAUGUGUUACGCUUCUUACUUCGUGUAAGAUGUUGGGAAUAUAGACAACUCAAUGUGAUUCAUCGUGCUUCACGUCCUUCUCGUCCUGACAAGGCUCGUCGUUUGGGUUACAAAGCUAAGCAAGGAUUCGUCAUUUAUCGUAUCCGUGUUCGUCGUGGUGGUCGCAAGAGACCUGUUCAUAAAGGUGCUACUUAUGGCAAACCUGUCAAUGAAGGUGUCAAUCAACUCAAGUAUCAACGUUCUCUCCAAUCUACUGCUGAAGAACGUGUUGGUCGCAAAUGUGCUAACCUUCGUGUUCUCAACUCUUAUUGGAUCAAUCAAGAUGCUACUUACAAGUACUUUGAAGUUAUUUUAGUGGACCCCUCCCAUAAAGCUAUUCGUCGUGAUCCUCGUAUCAACUGGAUUGUCAAUGCUGUACACAAACGUCGUGAAGCUCGUGGUUUGACUGCCAUUGGAAAGAAAUCUCGUGGAAAAGGAAAAGGUCAUCUCUUUACCAAGACUCGAGGAUCAGGUCGUCAUGCCAGUUGGAAACGUCGCAACACCUUAUCACUCCGUCGUUAUCGUUAGAUUUUACUUUUCUUUUUUCACCCUCUUCCUUUUAUUAUUAUCCUCUUUUAUAUAUAUCAUAUUAUGUUCAUGUAAUAAAAAAAAAUCAAAUUUGAAUAUAUUCUUUU